GCCCCUGCGCGGCCGCCGGCGCCCGCAGCCCCGAGCCGGCCCCGCGGCCGCCGCCCGCCGCCCGCACUCCCGCGGCCGCCGCCCCCCGCCCCGAACAUGGACUCCGACUCCUGCGCCGCCGCCUUCCACCCCGAGGAGUACUCCCCCGGCUACAAGAGGCGCAGGACCGUGGAGGAUUUCAACAAGUUCUGCACUUUUGUCCUGGCCUACGCAGGCUACAUCCCCUAUCCGCAGGAGGAGCUGCCUCUGCGGAGCAGCCCCAGCCCUGCCACCAGCACCGCGGGCACCGUCGACAGCGACAGCUGGGACCCGGGCUUCCCCGACAUCCCCGCUGCCGUGUCCCUGCCGGUCUCAGACCGCUGCUUCGGGCACCUGCCACGCGCCAAGCCCGGUGACUUCCUGCUGGACAGAAAGAAGCCGGACAAGCUGAAGAAGAAGAAGAAGAGGAAGCGCCGGGCCAGUGACGUGGCCGUGCAGGAGGGGUUCAUGGGGGGCCUGCUGAACCUGGAGGCCGCCGAUCCCUACGUGGAGCCACCCCGGACCCCGCAGGACAGCCCCCCGGCCCCCGGCGACCCCUGCUCGGGCUGGGACUCGGACACGCCCUCCAGCGGCUCCGGAGUCGCCGAGUCCCCUGAUCAGGCCAAAGAGAUCCAAACUGAAGGCAAACGGACUAUCGUCCGGCAGGGCAAGCAGGUGGUGUUCCGGGACGAGGACAGCACCGGCAACGAUGAGGACAUCAUGGUGGACUCAGAUGACGACUCCUGGGACCUGGUCACCUGCUUCUGCAUGAAGCCUUUCGCCGGCCGCCCCAUGAUCGAGUGCAACGAGUGCCACACCUGGAUCCACCUGUCCUGCGCCAAGAUCCGCAAGUCCAACGUGCCCGAAGUGUUUGUAUGCCAGAAGUGCCGGGACUCUAAGUUCGACAUCCGCCGCUCCAGCCGCUCCCGCAUGGGCUCCCGGAAGCUCUUCCUGGACUGACGCGGCCGGGAGCGGCGGGGCCC